AUGAACGUCUUUGUCCGCUGGCGUCCCCUCAUCGGCGCCGAGACCGCCGCCGGCAGCGUCGAUCACCACACCACCACCACCACCACCACCACCACCACCGCUUCAUCACCCCUCCUCGCCGUCACCGUGCACCGCCGUCUCUCCCCCUCAGACAAGCCGUGGACGAGCGCUUCUGCCUUUGACGCCGUCUUUGACAGCACCGCCUCCAACGCCGCCGUUUUCGCCACCGUCGUGCUGCCCGCCGUGCCGCGCGUCCUCGCCGGCGGCUGCUGCAGCUUCUUUGCCUACGGGCACUCGGGCAGCGGCAAGACGCACACCGUCAUUGGCUACGACGAGGACAGAAAUAGCGACGGGGACGGUUCUGGAGCGGGACUGUGUUUGGCGGCAGCGCAGCAGCUCUUUGCGCAAAUCACCGCGCGAGGCGCUGUCGAGAACCAGAGCCCGUUGGCGAUUGGCCUGAGCGUGUUUGAGCUCCGUCAGAAAGCGGCGUUUGAUCUGCUCAACGACGGGACCAGGUGCCAUAUCCGCCAAGGGCCCGACGGCAAGGUGCACAUCCGCGGGGAGACGGAAACACACGCGGACGGCAGGGUUCGCGUGCAGCCGCUCGUGCAGCAGCCGUGCUGGACGUUUUCCGAGCUGCGCGAUGCGCUGCGUCGCGCGCUCUCGCGUCGCGCCGUCGGCACCUCGUCGGUCCACGACCAGAGCUCGCGCACGCACGCAGUUCUGGCGCUUGAGCUCGUCAACGCGGAGCUCGUCGCCGCGCGCGCCGCACUCGUCGACCGCCAGUCGGAGCUCGUCCCCGUGGGCAAGCGCGCCACCGAUAUUACCGUCGCGGAGCAGACCCGGGCCGUGCUGCGGUCUCCCGGGGGCACCUACCGCCCGCGUCCAGACUACGUCAUCAAUCAAGCCCUCAUCGACCAAGUCACGGCCGAAAAGGAGGCGUCUGAGAUGCGAGUCGCCGAGGCCGAGGCCGUCGUCGCAUCCGUGUACGAGCGGUACCGCGACGCCGGCUUGGGUGGCAAAAUGGUGUUUGUCGACUUGGCAGGCGCAGAGUACAACCAAGAUAACAACACCAUCAUCAUGUCAACGGCGACGGCCAAGCGCGCGCAGACGCCAACGGAAAAGCACGAGGCGCGGCAGAUCAAUACCGACCUGCUGGCGCUCAAAGAGGUGAUGCGGGCGUGGGCGAUGCGGUCGCCGCGGCGACGGGUGCCGUAUCGCGCGUCGCCGCUGACCAUGGUGCUGCGGGAGGCGUUUACGGACGAGGCGGCCGUGGCGGGCAUGGUGGUGACGGUGUCGCCGGCAAACACGCACCACGCGGCGACGCUCAACGCGCUCAAGUAUGGCAGCUUGAUGGGGUCGGCGGCAGCGGCGGCGCGGUAG